AAUAUAAUAUUAUCAACAAAAAUGGAUCAAAUCCAAAAGACACAACCAGCACCUGAACGUGUUUACAAAGAUUUACAACCUUAUUUUGAGUGGAUUGAAGAUGAAACAAGUUCCACUCUUAUCCUAUUGCUUCGAGGAUUCACAAAGGAACAAUUGAGAGUGAAAGUGACUUCAAAAGGUGUUCUAAGGAUCAAUUGUGAAAGACAAGGAAUUCAGAAUAUGUGGCAUCGUUUUGGUAAAGAAUUUCCAAUUCCUCAAUAUUGUGACACCAAUGAUGUGAAAGCCAAGUUUGAACGUGGAGUACUAUCAAUCAAGUUUCGCAAGUUGAUCACCCCGGAUAAUAAGCCUAAAGAACAAGAAACUAUCACAAAUCCACCACAAGAAGAAGCUUCAAUGGCGCGUCAAAAUAGUGAUGAAGCUAAGGCGCCAACACAAGCACAGGUGGUUGAUGAACCGCGAGAGAUGCAAAAGGAAGAUGAAAAGGAAAAUAACAGGAUAGAAGAACAAGUUGAGAAUGAUCAAAAGAAUGUGAAGACUAAUGAUGAGUCAUCCGAGACUAAAGAAGUUAUUAAAACUCGUGAAGUUCAGAAAAAGCAUCAAGGCAAGAUAACACAAAGACUGAAAACAAGAGUUUUAGAUUUUAAUAUAAGUUUGAGAUCAAAAGAUGAUAAGGAUGUUGAUGAAUUAGGUUUUGGUUUUGGUGACACAAGGCCUAAGAGGGGGAAGAUGUGUAUGAACAUGUUUGUGGCAACCUUGCUGGUUUUGGUGGUUGGAGCAUAUGUCAAAAAUGUAUGGUGGUCAUCAUCAUAAGCAACUCAAGGAAAAUCAAAUAAAUUUUAAUCUCAUUUAGAUUCUUGGAAAUGCAUAAAUGAA